CAAGCAUUACACAAAAAGAUCUGAAGAAAUCUGGAGUAACAACUUAACCUCUCAAUCUCUAAUAAGAUGAAGAAAUUGAGCAUUGCCAUUGCAGUAGCCAUUGCCCUGACCUUUAUUUGCAUUCAGGAGAGCUCUGCUGUCCCAUUUGAUGGAGUGGAAGAGCAGGAGGAAAAUUCGAGAAAGCAAUUCCCAAUGAACUUCAUAGAUUCAUGGAAGAUGCCGUAUAAAAGGAAUAAGCGUCGCAGCAGCCCCACAGACUGCCGCUUUUGCUGCCACUGCUCGCGCCAGACCCUGCAUGCGGAAUGUGGUGCACCUGAUUAUUGACUCUGUCACAUCUGUCCAUGGACUACAGAUGAAAAAUAGCUUUUUGGCUAACUCUGGCACAUUAACAGCAACGUUUAUAUAUGUGCACUGUCUCCGUCUCCAGUCUGGGAUCCCCACAGCUACAGCUAAAUAUUAAUGUAAUGCUUUUGUGUCAAAGCAGUUUUACCACUUUUAAUUGUACUUGUGGUUGUGAAUAUCUGAAUUUAUUUAAUGUGGAUUAAAUAUCUACAGAUUUUACAGUGUACUAUCACAAUAAAGUGUAAUAUAAUGUGUGGAA